UCUCUUAGGACGUGGUGAAGAUCGGUCAGCACGCCGCCCAGCCUGAAGGAGAGCAAUCCUGGGGCCCAGGACUAGACCUUCCAGCGGCGGAAAGGGAGGCUCAAAAACCCGCGUCUUUGCAAAGUGCGGCCUGGGUGCAGGUCAGGGCCCUGCCGGGGAUUUCCUUUCAAAGGUGACUUAGAGGCACUUCAGGAGGGUAGCGCCCUCCCGGGCGGGUACUAAUGGCGAGUUUGGCAGAGUCAGCGAAACGCGCCUGCGGCUCCUGCGGCAGGGGAGCGCCCUCUCCCGCGCCCGCGCCUCUCCCGCGCCAGGCAGCGGCGCGCACCGGGCCAUUUGCAGCGCAGGCAGCCUCAGGAGCAGCUGCGGCGCCCCGGCCCGGAGGGAGGCGACAGCAUGGAGCUGAAGAAGGACAGCAACGCCGUGUCCAUCGACAUGCUGCUCAUCGUGCACUCCGAAAAGCUGCGCGCGGCGCACGGCACGCACUUGGACCCGCAGGCGGACCCGGGCGCGCUGCUGCAAAACCGAGGAGGAUUCCAAGGUGUCAGAAAUGGAAUCCGGAAAUGGCAGGAAUCAGAAGGAAGUGACUUUCAUGGAAACCUGGCAGAGAAGCAGCCCCUUCGGCAGCCUCAGAUCAUCACUUCCUAUGAUAACCAAGGUACACAGCUGACUGUGGAAGUCCACCCCCGAGACGCCGUGCCCCAGCUGCUUAAGAAGUUCUCUUUGGCUAAACGUUUACAAGGUGACAAAAAUGGAAACACAAGACCCCGGCAGCCUGGAGGGAAAGACGCCCAUGCCUACCCCUGGGACAGGUCCAGCUUGAAAUCCAUGCCUCUGGAUCUGGAGCAGUUCAAAAAACUGGAUGCCUAUGCUUCACAGGUGACAGUCAAGAAUGGCCUGGACGAGCUGGUGAGUGACCUGCUCCAGGAGGCCCACAGCGAUCUGGAAAGGGUCCGUGCCAUCUGGAUCUGGAUCUGCCACCACAUAGAAUAUGACAUGGAGGCCGCCCAGGAGAAGGACCACCAGGCCUUCAAACCUACCGACAUACUACGGACCCAGAAGACCAACUGUGACGGCUACGCUGGCCUCUUUGAAAGGAUGUGCAGGAUCGCUGGUGUGCAGUGCAUGACGGUGCCCGGCUACUCCAAGGGCUUUGGCUACCAGACCGGGCAGAGCUUCUCUGGAGAGUUUGACCACGCCUGGAAUGCUGUGUACCUGGAGGGGCGAUGGCACCUGCUAGACAGCACCUGGGGCAGUGGCCUGGUGGACACUGCCACUUCCAAAUUCACCUUCCUCUACAAUGAAUUCUACUUCCUCACCCACCCCUCCCUGUUCAUCGAGGACCACUUCCCAGACAACAAGAACUGGCAACUGCUAAAGCCACCUCAGUCUCUGAGACAGUUUGAGAACAACAUGUACCACAAGAGUGAGUUCUACAACAAGGGGAUGCUGAGUGCCCACCCAGAGACGGCCAUGAUCAGGACAGUGAAUGGGAAGGCCACAGUCACCAUUGAGAGCUGUGCCCCAACGCUGUUCAUGUUCAUGCUCGAUGGCAAGCAGGAGCAUGGGCUACUGAGCCUCAGGAAGAAUGGGAUGAAGUUGGAGGUGUACCCUCCAACCAUGGGCACCCAUAAGCUGCAAAUCUUUGCCAAAGGCAACUCUGACAUCUAUAGCUCAGUGCUGGAAUACACACUCAAGUGCAACUAUGUAGACCUGGGCGUGAGGCUGCCAGCCGAGCUUCACCAGCCCGUGGGGCCUAGCUGGUUCUCAGAGCAGAUGGGCAUCCUGAAGCCCUCGCAUCCUGACCCCAUCAUCCACACCAGUGACGGGCGCUGCUCCAUCAGCUUUGCCGUGGAGGAGGGCAUCAGCGUCCUGGCUUCCCUCCACGGAGAUGACGGCCCCAUCACCGAGGAAACACAGCGGCGAUACAUCUUCCAACUGCAUCGAGAGAAGAGGACAGAGCUAAAAGUCCAGCUGCCUCAUGCUGGCAAGUUUGCCCUCAAGAUUUUUGUGAAGAAGAGGCAGGAGCCAGGCAACUACACGUUUGUCUUCAAUUACCUCCUGUGCUGCGCCAACACCAAAGUGAACUGGCCCAUGUUCCCGGAGAGCUUCGGCAACUGGGGGCCUGACAAUGAGCUGCUAGAGCCUCUGUCUGGGGUGCUUCCUGCCAACCGUAACGUCCCAUUCAAACUGAAGCUGCAUGGUAUCGCCAAAGCCCUGGUGAAAGGGCAGGACACAUGGCCCCUGACCCUGAACCCCGAGGGCUACUGGGAAGGCAGCUGCAGCACAGCUGGCUGCCAAGAAGUUUACGUCAUGGUGCUAGAGAACGCCAACCACAACUUCUACUCCUACAUCCUGAAGUACAAAGUGAAUACCCAGUGAAGGGCUCCACACUCACAGCCUCCGAGGGCCAAGGCCAGCCCAGCACAGGGACCGUGCCUGUGAAGGGCAGAGAGCCUGGGACACCACUAGUCUGCAUGAAAUCACUUCUAGGCUUCUGCCUCGGCCUCCCACUCCACCACAGGCACUGAGAUGUCUGUGCUGCUAAAGGCUUCACUCACUGUGGCUGAAGGGACAGGGGUGAAGGCCCUUUGGAAGAAAAAGGUGCUAUGUAAAUCCAAGGUAUUAUGAACUGUACACCCAUGCCCAUGCCGGCUUUUGUGUUAGUGCUGUUGUUGUAGAUUUGGUGUGGAAAAGCGGGGGUGUUGUCCAGGUUGACAGCUUUCCACAUGAUGCUUAGCGAAUUCUCCUCCUCACCCCAGGAGAACAUGAGGUCUGAGGCCGAGUCUCAUCAGACAGCCCCUUCUAAGGACAGUGUUUCUCAGUUCCUGAACCCCAGGGAAUGUUGGGCCUGCCCAUCUUCCACAUUCCUACUGACUCCUCAUUAGUUACUUCCUGCCCUUCAGGAGUCCUGCAAAAAAGGAGGUAUUUAAAAAAAAAACAAACCCAGCUGAUCCACAGCCAGCUGGAGGCUGAGUAUCAAUGCCUGUGAGUCACCCAGAUAUGGCAAGGGCAGAAAGCAAUAAUGUGUGUGAAAUGAACAUCCUGGGUGGGGACCAGGGAUGGAAUGGUACCACUGAUCCUGCAACCCAUGCCUAACAGUGACAGGCCCCUGACUGGGUGCCCCUAGUGUCUGGGGGGGCCCAGAGCCUGAGUUCAAGCCUGUCCUCAUUUUCACAGGAGCCUGUUGAGAGCCUGACUGAUGAACUUGAACAGAGAUUUGGGCCCUGGGAAAGGGAUGAGUCCCAGAGAAACUACAGCACUGCCAGGGACAGUGCAUAACAGCAGGAUAUCUGUUUCUCUGAGAUGACAAACCUUGCCCUGAGUUCAGCCUUCUGUUAGGGACUGUUGAGGGCCUCUUGCUUGCUCAGGCCUGUCCUGAGAAGCCUCAGCUGCCCAGCUGGCCCUCAGAAGCACCUGAGGCUAGCCGUUGCCAUGACAACGACUGAGGGAAAGACUGCAACGUGGAGGGAAGAAGGCCCAAGAGAGGCCCAAAGAGGCCACUGCAAUACCAUCCCAGCGCAGGCAUGCACUCCCGGGUAGUAACUCCUGGGUUCUGGGACCCUGUUACCUCUGCCUAUCACAGGGUCCCCAUCACCUCUCCCUGACGGACACUCCACAUGCCGUCAGGCUUAGCUGCAGCCAGGGCCAGCCUGACAUACUCUCUACAUUCAACUCUAUCCUAAGCAAGUGUUCAUCAGACAGUAAGUGCCUGGCCUUGUGCUACAGAGGUGAACCCAAGGGGCUCAGGGUGUGGGAACAGGAGCCUUCCCCACCUGAGCUUCUCUGAAGACCCAGGCCUCUAGGACUUCAGUCCUUCAUCCCCUAGGGUCCUUCCCCAUGAGUCCCCACUGCUGUGCAGCUGGUACCAGGUAUCCAACCUCCACCAGGCUAGGUGGCCUUGCUUAUGGCGGGCAUACUUCCUGGGGGUAGAAAUGCCUUGGCUUAUGUGCAGUGCCCUCUGACAGACUGGGCUCCUCAGCACAAUGUCACUCAUGCCUCACCACUAUCCACCGCCACAGGUAGAGUUUGCACAGCACAAGGAGAAAACAGCCUUUUCUCACCCCUUUUAUUUUUAUGGGCUUAAAAAAAUGUGCUAUGUUUUAACAAAAUAGUAAGUGCCUUCUGUGAUUCCUGUCACUCACUGGACAACAAUGCUGGCUGCCACUAUGGAAGACAACACCCAUCUCUUUCAAAACAGCACAAUCCAUUUUGGAGCUUGUAGAAGACACCACUAUGCAAAACGGGAGCUGUCCUCCCCGGGAGACCCAGGCCCGGCCUCUCCCAGCUCCUGCCGGUCAUCCCACGCCCCGCCCUGCUCACUUAACCAGGCAACCCCUUUGUCAAGACAGCUGCAGGGGCAGUCAGAAAAACGCCUGCAUUUCUUUCCACGACGUGAAAAUACACGAAACUAAAUCCAGCCUUCAUGAAUUUUUACACGCAUGCUGCUCAGGCUGGAAAUUUGGGGUUGCAUUUUGAAGGCUUUUAUUCAAAUCCCCAUCUUUGUCUCCUGGUGGACGGGUCCCAGUUGCUAAUCGAAUGGCGCGCGCGCCCCCUGGUGGCUGAUGUGAGAAGUUGCUAGCGUUUUGCAAAGCUCCGAGUUUGUUCAAGAUCACUAGGUGCUUUCUCCUGGCUUCUUGGCAUUCCCUAGUGCGCACAGACUGUGAGACGAGCCUUGGGGGACUUCCUGGCCUGGCGUGGUGAAAAGACAUGAAAUGUGAUAAGAAUUUAGAAGUGGUUUGCCCGGAAAUCCUUUACCCCCGGACACAGGCCUGGCCAGGAUAACUUUGAUCACAGGCAUUGCUGUACCAAUGACGGGCUGAAAUUGAUCAAACUCAGCAUUUUGCCAGACAAGUCCCAGGAUGGGUGCCAGAGUGUAGGAGGAUGGGGCGCGGUGGGGCAAAGGGCCGCAAUUAACUUCUUUUCAACUUGCUUCAAACGUGCCACCAGAGCAGCUGGACUGUUUUCUGUAUGAUUGUGAAUAUCUGUGAGUUCCCCAUAUGUUACAUUGUCCCACCAGGACAAACUGCUCAUGGCCCGCUGAGAUUAAAAGAGACAUAAAUAGAUUAACUGAAGCAUGAAGGAUUUAGGCUAGACAUAAAGAACUAUUUCCUGUUGUGAAGCAGGAGGGACAUGUUGCCAAAAAAAAGUCUGCGAAAUUCUCAAAAGACUUGAAAAGGAAAGAAAUUUUCCCAGUGGUCUGCCUCCCUUACUUGAAGGUUUGGGUUCUCUCCACACUAAUUAAUUCUUGAACUACACAGUUUGGCCCACAGCGAACACAGGGUUAAUGGUAGCACCACAAGGCUUGCUACUGGCAGUGUUUUCAAAGGCGUAUGGGUUCGCUGCUGCACUGGCUCCUCUGAGGUCUAUAAUUUCUUUUCAUUUGUACUAAGUAGUUGGAAAUCUUCAGAGGUGAUUACUUCUCAUAACGUGCGCACUGAGUUAUGUGGGCCUCUGGCUGUUGGAGAUGCUGUCCCCCACACUGUUUCUGGAGUUGUUUUUCAAUAAAAUUUAUAUUCAUUUUU